AUGGCUCCAUAUCCAAGGGAUGAGCAACCUGGUCCUAGGUCAAAUUUAGGAUCUCGGCUCUAUUUGAAGCAAGCAGCGGAAGUCACCGUAGUACUAGGGUACAAGUAUGGCCUAAGGGAGAAUGGGUUAGGUAGUUGUAUUGGUAGAACGAGGAGAAGUGGACAUAAUCUUAUGUGUCAUCAAUGUACUCCCGAACCUACAGGUUCCACAAGAAAAAGAAAAUGUCAAUCUCAACCAACAAAACGUGAUGAUUACCAUGCAAAGCCAGAGAAAAUGGUAGGAACAUUAAAGGAGCAGCUAGAUUCAAUCACCCCAGCUCUGCGGGAGAUGCAAUUAAGAAAACAAGAGAGGGUGAAACAAUUCCAAGCUGUGCAAGGUCAAAUUCAGAAAAUAUCUGCAGAAGUAGCAGGCCAAUCAGAAUACGAUGAUUCAUCAUCAAAUGUAAUAGUUAACAAGAAUGAUCUUUCACUAAAAAAACUUGAGGAGUACCAAAUUGAGCUUCAAAGACUUCACAAUGAGAAAGUAAAGCAAUCAGCAAUUUGCUUCGUAAGGGGCUCUAUCAACUUCACAUUGAAUUAA